UUUGACUCUGAACGUUCAUUUACUUACAGAUACUUUGGUUGUGGACUGUGUAUUCCAACAUGUAUUGAAAAUGCUAAAUUGUUGGACCUUGGGAGCGGUUCGGGUCGUGACUGUUACCUUCUAAGCAAGCUGGUUGGGGAAAAUGGUCAUGUGACCGGAAUCGACAUGACAGAGGAACUGCUAGAUCUGGCCAGGAAAUACGAGGAUUAUCACAGUCAGCGCUUUGGUUAUAAGACUAGCAAUGUGGAAUUUGUAUUAGGCUACAUUGAAAAGUUAGCAGAAGCUGGAAUUAAAGAUAAUAGUUUGGAUAUAAUCGUUUCGAACUGCGUAGUCAAUCUGACACCUGAUAAAAAGAAGGUUUUGCAAGAGGUCUUCAAAGUUCUGAAAGAAGGAGGAGAGAUGUAUUUUAGUGAUAUGUAUGCUGAAAAGCGUAUUGCAGAAGACCUACGUCAAAACAAAGUUCUAUGGGGAGAAGGUUUGUCUGGUGCCCUCAUAUGGAGUGAUUUAGUAAACUUUGCAAAAGACGUAGGAUUUUCUCCACCACGCAUUGUUUCAGUUACUCCUAUUCCUGUCACAAACCCAGAGAUCGUCAAACUUGUAGGCAACACGAAGUAUAUUUCUGUUACGUGUAGGUUGUUCAAACUACCCGCCAAUAAAGAAAAUGAGAGUGUAGUGGUCUAUAAGGGCACUGUGACUGAUCAUCCCGACAGCCUUAACAUUGAUAUUUCUUCAACAUUUAAGGCGAAUUGUCCUUCCUAUGUUGACAGCACAAUGGCGACAAUUCUCAAAUGCAGUCGCUAUGCAAAUGAUUUCACCUUUGAUACUGGUGGUUCAUCAGAGGCCAAGAAAGCUUGUCAGCCAGAGAAACUUGAUUGUACGAUGGAUCCAUUUGUAUACCUUGAGAACAAGCCUGUAGCAUCUGAAUGUGGGCCUAAAUAAUGGAGAAUGCUCCAAGGCUAGAAGAGGAAUAUGACCACACUCGAUAUCAUACCUAAUCGUGGAAGAGUAGCGGAUGGUGAUCAUUUAACUUUCUGUUAAUGACUUCACCCAACUUUUAUCUUACUUGAAAUGUAUUAAUCAGUAUACAGUAGAUAUAUCAGGGGCAGAUCUAGUUUCAUAUUUAGAGGGGGGGGGGGUUAGACUUUUUUCAAAAAAACGCCAAAAAAGGGGGUCAGGGGUCCUCCCCCGGGAAAAUGUUGAUCACUAGAUGGCAGGAAAUGAGCUUUUCCGACUUCUGAGGUGUCUUUUAAUGACUUCUAAGUUCUUCAAAAUUCAAGGUUUUCCCCUCUUGAAAACGGU